GCGUCUCUCUCCCUCCUCUGCUGCUGUCUCGGUCUGUCUUCCUAUGUCGGACUGUUCCCCUCUUCUUCCUGCGCUGGUCUGUGCUGUCCGCCGGGCGGUUGCCGGUUGUGGAUGUUCGCAGCUUGUUGUGACAGGAGAAUGUGUGUGUGUCCCGGGCCCAGGCGGAUCGGUUUCUCGGGAAGAAGUUGCUCUCCAUCCUUACUCCUUGAUGCAAUGUCUGUUCCUACACAGCUUCUCUUUCCUCUCCUAAGGAGUUGCGAGCUGGGCCGGAUCUGCAGCUCGGUGUGUUACUGUCACCACAAACCUCUGUGCUGUAGGUCCCGCUAUCCAUCUCUGAAUCCCCUCCGAUGUGGAGCAGAUGGGAAGCUUUCUUCAGCCUUCCGACGACCCUGGGAGCAAUGUUUUCAGCUGCGACAGUAUGUGACCACCCCACAACGGUUUUACUUAACGCCUCCCCAGGUCAACAGCAUCUUGAAAGCCAAUGAGUACAGUUUCAAAGUUCCCGAGUUUGAUGGUAAGAAUAUCAGUUCAAUCCUUGGGUUUGACAGCAAUCAGCUGCCUGCAAAUGCCCCAAUUGAAGACAGAAGAAGCGCGGCUACCUGCUUACAGACCCGAGGCAUGCUCCUAGGGGUUUUUGAUGGCCAUGCUGGUUGUGCCUGCGCUCAAGCUGUUAGUGAAAGACUCUUCUAUUAUAUCGCUGUUUCAUUGCUACCUCAAGAGACUCUACUGGAGAUUGAACAUGCCGUAGAAAGCGGGAGAGCUCUGUUACCCAUUUUGCAGUGGCACAAGCAUCCGAAUGACUACUUCAGUAAGGAGGCUUCCAAACUCUACUUCAACAGUUUACGGACCUACUGGCAGGAGCUUAUUGAUCUCAACACAGGGGAGACGACCGAUGUCAAGGAGGCUUUGAUCAACUCCUUUAAGAGACUUGACAAUGACCUAUCUUUGGAAGCCCAAGUUGGAGAUCCUAACUCUUUUCUGAACUAUUGGGUCUUACGAGUGGCCUUUUCAGGGGCCACUGCAUGUGUGGCCCACGUGGAUGGCAUGGACUUGCAUGUUGCCAACACAGGAGAUAGUCGUGCCUUGCUCGGAGUCCAGGAAGAAGAUGGAUCUUGGUCUGCAGUCACCAUGUCCCAUGAUCAUAACGCUCAAAAUGAGUCCGAAAUUCAAAGGCUUAAAUCGGAACAUCCAAAGGAAGAGAAGAGCGUGGUCAAGCAAGACCGCCUUCUUGGGUUGCUGAUGCCCUUCAGAGCUUUUGGCGAUGUGAAGUUCAAGUGGAGCAUCGACCUUCAGAAACGCGUCGUCGAGUCGGGACCCGAUCAGCUGAAUGACAAUGAAUACACUAAAUUCAUCCCUCCCAAUUAUCACACCCCACCCUACUUAUCUGCAGAGCCGGAAGUGAUCUACCAUAGAUUAAGACCUAAAGAUAAGUUCCUCAUAUUGGCCACAGACGGCCUUUGGGAAUCCAUGCAUAGGCAGGACGUGGUGAAAAUUGUUGGAGAGUAUCUGACCGGCGUCCACCAUCAGCAGCCCAUAGCAGUGGGUGGUUAUAAAGUUACACUGGGACAGAUGCAGGGUCUUCUCACGGAAAGAAGGGCCAGGAUUUCUUCCGCUUUUGAAGAUCAAAAUGCAGCCACCCAUCUUAUAAGGCACGCCGUGGGCAAUAAUGAAUUUGGCGCUGUCGACCACGAGCGGCUUUCAAAGAUGCUUAGUCUUCCAGAAGAACUGGCACGGAUGUACAGAGAUGACAUCACAAUCAUAGUUGUUCAGUUUAACUCUCAUGUGGUUGGAGCCUACCAGUAAAGCGCUAUGCUCUAAACCAGUUUACCGAAGUUAUCAAGGCUCCAACGUUUCACUGACCUUUUUGCAUCGUUUACUUUUUAUUGAGUGGCAUCAAACUGCUUACUUAGUGCUGUAACUUUUUGCAUUUUUUUUUUUGUAUGAGAAUGUUGCAUGGCAGACAAUAGGUUCUGAUUUGGUAGUCUCGCUUGAUCCCCUUCAGUUUACUAUGGGGAUACUGAAGCUGUAAUAGACUUUGUUAGGUUUGUAGUUGCCUGCUAAGCAUAUGGGGGAUCCCGUAUAAAGAGGGUUAAUUACGUCAUCUAGAGAUCUUCCUUCCAUUUCCUCAUCACCAGUAAAGGGGUUAUCCAAUAUCGUGCAACAGCCCCCCCAUGUGCCAGGCGCCUCAGAGGGAAUCUACUUACCUCGCUCCUGGUCCCCGCACCGCUGCUGCUCCCUGUACACGGAUAAAAACA